AUGGGAGCAAUCACAAGAUCAAAUAAAUCAGGAGAUAAAACAGCAGAAAACACGUCUCAAGUAUAUACAUUAACUGAUAUUCCAAAAGAUAUUAAUUUAAAAUCAAAACCAAAUAAAGUUACUAAACCAAAAUCUAAAACUAACCCCAAAGCUCCAAAAAAUCCUGAAAAAAUAUUAGAAAAAUCAAAACCCUCAAUUGAAAAAUUUUUGGAUCAUGAAAAUAUUCCAAAAGAUUUGAAAUUACCAAAAGAAUUUACUGAAUAUCAUACACCAGCUUUUAUUGAAGGUUUAAAUUUUGUUAUACAAAAAGAUCCAACAUUAUAUCCAACAGUAGUUAAGCAAAAUUUUAAUGGGUUUGGAUCAAAAGAAUUUGAUAAAAAAUUACAAAAUUCUGAUUCUGAUAAAAUCCAUUUAUAUUGGUAUAGUUUAAUAAGAUCAGUUAUAGCACAACAAGUAAGUGGAGCAGCAGCAAAAUCAAUAGAAAAUAAAUUUAAAAAUUUAUUUAAAGAUGAUGAAGUACCAACUGCUGAAAAAACUAAAAAUAUGUCAGAUGAAACUUUAAAAAGUGCAGGUAUAUCAGGUCCCAAGAUAAAAUAUGUAAAACAUAUAAGUGAAGUUUUCACAGAUUCAAAUAGUAAAUUAACAGAUACUUCAUUUUAUGCUAAUGCAACAGUUGAUGAAAUUUAUGAAGAAAUAUGUAAAUUAAAAGGUAUUGGAAUAUGGUCAGCUAAAAUGUUUGCAUUGUUUACAUUAGAAGAAAAUGACGUUUUUGCAGAAGAUGAUUUAGGAGUAGCUAGAGGAAUGGCCAAAUAUUUGGAACAAAGACCAGAAACUUUAGAUGAAGCUAAAAAGGAAUGUGAUAAAGAUGAAUCCAAAAAAAAGGAUUUAAAAAAGAGAUCUAAAUUUUUUAAUAAAGAAGAUUCAAAAAGAACUUGGAAACCAAUUCAUGAUGUUUAUGUUUUACAUAUUGCUGAACAAUUUAAACCUUUUAGAAGUGCUUUUAUGAUGAUUUUAUGGAGAUUGAGUUCAACUAAUGUUGAAGCUUUAGAAAUUUAG